AUGUUACAUAUUCUCUGCUUUUAUUUAUUGAUUGCUGUUAGUAGCGGAAUAAAUUAUGAUUUUUUAUUGGCCAAUGGACCAACACAUAUAAGUUCAAAUGAUACAUAUUAUUUUCCAUAUGGUGACCCAAAAUACGACAUAAAAUUUAAAUUAUUACAAGUGGAUCCUUAUACCGGUUUAUGGAUAGUAUUAUUGCAUGGUGAACCUGGUAGUGUGUUAGGCAUACAUCGUCAUUAUGAUCAGGUAUAUGGUUAUACACUAAAAGGAGCGUGGGGUUAUUUUGAACAUCCUGAAUGGUUAUCAAAACCGGGAGAUAUUGUACAUGAAACUCCAGGAUCAGUUCACACAUUAUAUAUUCAUCAAGAUUAUGGUGAUACUGAAGCAUUAUUUUUUGUAUGGGGUGCAUUAGAAUAUUUAGAUGAAUACGGCAAUAAAAUUUAUAUUGAAGAUUGGCAAUCAAUAUCGCAAAAAUAUGUUGACUACUGUGAAAAAAAUAAUUUACCAAUUGUCGAUGUUACUUAUCCGAAGCAAAAAGCUCCCGAAAUAACAUUUAAAGAAAAAAUCAGCAAAAAUGAAUUAUAA